AUGGAGUUCAUACCUGCCCUCCAGGCCCGUAUCGACGAGCACAAGCCGUCGCUCUUCGAGCUCCUCUCGGAACAGCAGCUCGCCGCGCUGCUCCCGCCGACGGUCCGGUACCUGCUGACGGUGCUCACGCAGCGGUACCCGCGGUACCUGCUGCGGGUGCUCAACUCGUUCGACGAGCUCUACGCGCUGGCCGCCCUCGUGGUCGAGCGCCACUACCUGCGCACCCGCGGCGGCUCCUUCACCGAGCACUUCUACGGGCUCAAGCGCGAGCGCGCGCUCGCCGCCGAGAUCCCCCGCGCCAGCGCCGCCGCCCCGGGCGCCGUCCGCGACGCCCUGCGCCUGCGCCCCGCCGACGUCUGGCGCAACCUGCUCGUCAUCGUCGGCGUCCCCUACCUGAAGCGCAAGCUCGACGAGGCCCACGAGGCCGACGCCCCGCGCGCCAUGAUGGGCGCCGCCUACAACCGCCCCCCGCUCCCCGGCGCCCCCUGGCGCGAGCGCGUCGCCUUCUGGUGGCGCUGCUUCCUCAGGCGCGUCUACCCGGCCGUCAACGCGGCCUACUACCUCUCCAUCCUGGCCUUCAACCUGGCCUACCUGUUUGACAAUUCCAAGUACCACAGCCCCUUCCUCUGCCUGAUCGGGACGAGGGUGAGGCGGAUGAGCGCGGCCGACUACCGGGCGAUCGAGGCGCUCGAGGAGAGGGCGGCCAAGCGGAGGGGCGGGCGGUCGGUGGCGGCGAGGAUGCUGGGCGGCCUGUCGCUGGUGCUGCCGACGAGCAUCUUCGCGCUCAAGUUCCUCGAGUGGUGGUACGCCUCCGACUUUGCCAAGCAGCUGUCGAGGAAGGCGGCCGAGAGCCUGGAUCUGCCGCCGCCCGUCGUGGCGGGGCUGCCCACCGGCGCCGGCGGCGGCGGCGGGUCGGAGAAGGCGCAACAACCGAGGAGGGAGAAAGAGCUGGGGAAGGAGAAAGACGAGGAGGUGGAGGAAGAGGAGGAGGAGGUGAGCGAGGAGGAAAAGGAGAGGCGGGCGAUCGAGCGGGCGCCCGUCUCGGCGUCCUCGCUCCUGCCCAUCUACACGGUCCCGCCGCCCGAGAACUCGGACCAGUGCCCGAUCUGCGAGGGCGAGAUCACCACGGCGGCCGCCUGCCAGACGGGCAUCGUCUACUGCUACCCCUGCAUCCACAAGUGGCUGACGGGAACGCACCCGAGGCAAGAAAAGUUCAUGGCCGAGAGGGCCGGCAAGUGGGAGAGCGGCGAGGGCAGGUGUGCCGUCACGGGGAGGCGUGUCCUGGGCGGGACCGAGGGGUUGCGGAGGAUCAUGGUCUAG